GAUGGAGCUGCAAGAACAGAGGAUUGUCAUGGCACCUUGAGGGUACUGACAGCCUUAAUUCUCCCUGUCAAUACACAACUUCUCUAACUGCACACCUUGUGUCUGAGCCUCCUCUACAGACCCAUAAAUACAGACCAAUCCCUCACUCCUCCACACUCAGGCUGCUGCUCUCCCAUCCUGCAGGUGACUCCCAGCCAUGAGGACCCUCGCUCUGCUGGCUGUCAUUCUCCUGGUGGCCCUCCAAGCCCAGGCUGAGCUCCUCACAGUGAAUGCUGAUGAGGUUGUGGACCAGCAGCAGUCAGGGGCAGAGGACCAGGACAUGGUUGUCUACUUUACAGAGGAUGAAAUCCCGGCUCCUGAGGCUGUAGGUGUAAAAGGCCUCUGUACUUGCAGAAGAAACUUCUGUCCAAAUUUGGAACGCCGUAUUGGAUCCUGCAGAAAGCAUGGUGUCACUGGCUCACUCUGCUGCCGCAGAAGAUGAAGAACAGAGAAAAACAAAUACCUUAUCUACUUUUACACCUUAGGGAAACCUGUUUUCAC